AUGGACGGAAAGUUAAAGCAACCACGAGCGGAGGUCUUUUCCUCUGAAAGCAAUGGAAGAUGGUGCAGUUUUUGAGGCUGGAGAGCGUUAUAAGGCUGCAAGAGAGAGAGUCAUUGAUCCUAUGUGCUCAGCGAUGAUGGGGAGAAAGAGGUGGGUGUUGGAGACGAUGCUUAUUGGGUUAGCGUGCGCCGUUGAUCUCAUUGGGGUUUCAGGGGACGUCGGCACAGCUACAUCAUACGGUCCUCCAUAUCUACCGACGAAGUGCCCCGGCUACACCCAGGAUCAGCUGCCUGGGAACGGCCAUUUUGUGGCGGCAGGCAGUGGCAUAUGGGACAACGGCGCCGCCUGCGGCAGAAGGUAUCUGCUGCGGUGCCUGAGCGGCCUCCGACGGCCGUGCAAGGAUGGCUCGAUCGUCGUUGAGGUCGUGGAUUUCUGCAGGCACAGCCCGUGUCCUUCCACCCUGGUGUUGUCCACCAGAGCCUUCGACGCCGUCUCCAAAAUCCCAAACACCAAGAUAAAUGUCGAAUACGCACAAAUAUGAUCCGGUGGAGGUGCCGCGUGAAGGAGCAGCUGAACUCAUGGAAAUAGCUUGGAGAAUGAGCUGAAGGAGGCGCGAUACGAAGAAGCUGCUCAACCAGAGCUCUCUUCGGUCUCAUGUUUGCACGACUACUUGAAGUUAGUUGAGCUACUUCUCAA